CGAGAGAACAGACAGCCUAAGAGUUCCUUCUUAUAUGAUGUUAGUUACUCAACCCUCGAUCGUCUAGGAACACAAUACACUGAGAAGCAAAGGCCGCCCCGAAAAUGAUGCAUCUCGGACUUUCUGUCACCUACGCUCUGGCAUUGGUGGCCGGUGCUUUGGCCGUCCCAUCACAACAGCUGGACACUCGCCAGCAGCCGUUUACAUCGACAGCUAUCACCACCCAUGCCGAGCCAUGGGCGAUCGCUUUCCUGCCCGAUGACCGCGUCCUCGUCACCGAGAGACGAGGCAACCUGCGUCUCGUCGACCCGACCACUAAGUCCAUGGGCACCAUCACCGGUGUGCCCACCGUCGCCUACGGCGGUCAGGGCGGUCUCCACGACGUCGCCUUGCACCCCGAUUACGCCGAGAACAGUAUCGUGUAUCUCAGCUACGCCGAAAGCGGCUCUGGUGGAGCGGGUGGUGCCGUCGCGCGGGCCAAGCUGACGCUAGACACCAACGGCGGCGGCGCGCUGUCCGACCUCGAGGUCAUCUGGCGCCACUCGCAGAAGGCCUCGGGCGGGCUCCAGUUCGCCUGCCGCCUGCUCUUCGGCGCCGACGGCGCCCUGUGGAUCUCGUCCGGCGAGAUCAACCAGAUGACCCCGGCCCAGGACAUGACCAGCAACCUCGGCAAGGUGAUCAAGCUGUACGAGAACGGCACCGCCUUCGCGGGCAACCCGUUCGCCAGCCAAGGCGAAGUCCAGGCGCAGAUCUGGUCGCUGGGCCACCGCAACCCGCUGGGCAUCGACUGGGACGCCGAGGGCCGUCUCUGGGAGGUCGAGAUGGGGCCCAUGGGCGGCGACGAGCUCAACCUGAUCCAGUCGGGCGCCAACUACGGCUGGCCGGUCGUGUCCGAGGGCCGCCACUACGACGGCCGGACGAUCCCCGCGCACAGCACGCGCCCCGACAUCGAGCCGCCCAAGGCCUUCUGGGUCCCCGUCAUCUCCCCGGCCGGCUUGAUCAUCUACAAGGGCGACCUGUUUCCCGACUGGACGGGCAACGCCAUCAUCACCGGUCUUAGCGCACAAGGAAUCGUGCGCGUGACCAUCACUGGCGACACGGCGAAGGAGGCUCAGCGCAUCUCCAUGGGUAAGCGCAUGCGCGGUAUCCGAGAGGACAAGGACGGCGCCAUCUGGGUGGUCGAGGAUGGUCCUGGCGGCCGGCUCUUGAAGCUUACCCCGAACUAAACUUGCGUUUAGCGAAGUACUUGGGAGGUUUUAGGACCGCAUGUAUGUACAUAAGGUAGAUUAUAUUGUCGUUUUUACGCGUUAUAAAAUUGGUGCGUUUUACCUUGCAGUUUUACCCCUUUUUGAACCUCGCAACGUUUAGUUGAAUAGUUCAACCAAUCAACAACAAACCGCGAAUUAUAAGCGGCGCUUUGUUUUCUACAUCGCUUGUAAUCGUAUGCAGGGCCCCUUCGAAUGUUGGUUGUCCCUUGAUUAAUC